UGGCUUCGGUACUUAAUGCACCGUGUCUUAUAAAAGUUGCAGUGACGUCGUUCAUUUCUCAUAUUCUAUCAUAACAUCAUCUUCAUCUUAUAUACCCUUCACUCUCAUCUCAUACAUUUCUAUCUCAUCUCAUACUCUUCUUACAUCACACACAAUACAUACCGCCAAAAUGACACAGAACAAGACUCUCGUUUACAAGAAGAUCCCCACUGGUCUUCCCGUGGCUGGUGAGCACCUCGUCAUCGAGGACCGCCCCGUCGAUAUCGACUCUGCUCCUCAAGGCGGUGUCAUCGUCGAGCUUCAAUAUGCCUCUUUCGAUCCUUACCUCCGCGGAAAGAUGCGCGACACAUCAGUCAAGUCAUACGCUCCCGCCUUUGAGAUCAACGACCCCAUCGUCAACGGAACUCUUGGCAAGAUCAUCAAGAGCGAUACCUCUGACUUCUCCGAGGGCGAUCUCGUCACCGGCUACCUCCCCAUCGCCGAAUACGUUCGCGUUGACAAGGACACCCUUCCCAAGGUUAACUUGAGAAAGGUCCAGAACCCACACAACCUUGACCUUGGUCUCUUCCUUGGUCCUCUGGGUAUGCCUGGUCUCACCGCCUGGUCUGGUCUUCACCAGAUCGGUAAGCCCAAGAAGGGCGAGACUAUCUUCAUUAGCUCUGCUGCUGGUGCCGUUGGCCAGAUCGUUGGUCAGGUUGCCAAGCGUGAGGGUCUCACUGUUAUUGGUUCCGUUGGUGAUGAUGCUAAGCUUGACUUCAUCACCAAGGAGCUUGGCUUCGAUGCUGGUUUCAACUACAAGAAGGAGAGCCCCAAGGAUGCUCUUCCUCGUCUCGCCCCUAACGGUAUUGAUAUUUACUUCGAGAACGUCGGUGGCGAUCACCUCGAGGCUGCUCUCAACAACAUCAACGUCGGUGGCCGUAUCCCUGUCUGCGGUCUGAUCUCCGAGUACAACACCCCCGCCGACCAGCGCCAAGGUGUCAAGGGUCUCCUCAACCUCAUUGCCAAGCAGGUCAAGAUGGAGGGUUUCCUCGUCGCCAACCCUGCCUUCGGCCCUGCCUACUACAAGGAGCACCAGGAGAACCUCCAGAAGUGGCUUGCUGACGGUAGUGUCAAGGCCAAGCUUUACGUUACCGAGGGUAUUGACAACGCCGCUGAGGGUUUCAUCGGUAUGCUCCAGGGCAAGAACUUUGGCAAGGCUGUCCUCAAGCUCAAAUAAAUUAAUGCGAUAUGAUGAUGAAUUGUAUAAAUUGGGAUGGGUUACAUCGAAUCAUAUAAUGAAAAGUUAUUAAUGAACCAAGAAUUCUGGGAAUACUUGUAGCUCUGGCUGUUUCGUGAUGCCGCUCUAUGCAUUCCUGAGA